GCGCUGAAGCUGAGAGCAGGAGACAAACACUGCCUAGCUGCCCGCUCAAAGUGUUACCUGAAACUUGGAGACACAGAAAAUGCCCUGAAAGAUGCUGAAGCUUCUCUCCAAAAUGACAAAACAUUCUCCAAGGGACUCUACCAAAAGGCUGAGACAUUGUACACCAUGGGUGAUUUUGAAUUUGCAUUGGUGUUUUACCAUCGAGGCCACAGACUGCGUCCAGAGCUGCACAAGUUCAGGCUGGGCAUCGAGAAAUCGCAGGAGGCGAUUGUCAACUGCAUUGGAAGUCCAUCCUCUAUUAAACUGGAGAAUAAAGAGGAUCUGUGCUUUAUAAGCAGGCAGGCAGAGAGCAAGAAAGCAAAUGAGAAACUCCAAACCAAACUGACUAAGGAUCAGAGCUGGACAAGGAAGCAGAAGCCUGCGAGGAAUCCAAAAACAGAGCGGCAGCUUCUUGGAGAGCUUUAUGCUGACAAGGCCUACCUGGAAAAGUUGCUCAAGGAUAAAGAUCUGAUGGAGAGCAGCACAAAGCAGGGGACCAAGGUAGCAGACCUGGUUUUGAGUGGCAUCUCCUACCUGGACACCCGCAGGGAGUUCUGGCAGCAGCAGAAGCCGAUUUACGCCCGCGUGCGGGAGCGCAAGCUGCGGCAGGGGGCGCGCGGGGCCAGGACACGGAAACCAGCUGAGGUGGGCAGGUACCUUGUGAAGGCCAUGGAGGACAUCGACAUGUUGCUGGCUGGCGACUGCCCUGAAGAAAGCUGCAAGAAAGCUGAGUGUUUGCUAAAAAAAAUACAGACGUGGUCAGAUGAGGAAGUUCCCAACAAGACCGAACUGAUUGGAAACCUCCACAGCUGCAUUGGGAAUGCUCAGCUAGAGAUGGGCCAGGUGAAGGCAGCUCUGCGGAGCCAUAAAAUGGAUCUGGAACUUGCCAGGCAGAACAAUCUGCCAGAUGCUGUGUCCAGAGCCCUCGAAAACAUGGGCAGAGUUUACGCCAGGAUGGGCAAAUUCCAGCAGGCUAUUGAUGUCUGGAAGGACAAGAUUCCAAUGGCAAAAUCCAGCCUGGAGAAGACCUGGCUGUUCCAUGAGAUUGGCCAGUGCUACCUCGAGCUGGGCAAAGCUAAAGCAGCCCAACAUUAUGGAAAGAAGUCCCUGCAGUCAGCAGAUGAAGAGGGAGAUGUCGAGUGGCAGCUCCAUGCUACCAUGCUAGUGGCACAAACACAAGUAAAAUUAAAGGAUUACUGGUCUGCAAUACUGAACUUUGAAAAAGCACUUGAGAAGGCCAAGCUUGUGCACGAUGAAGCUGCUGAGGAGGACAUUGUUAAGGCCCUCGAGGAGGUGAGCAAAAGCUUCAUCGAGGAGCUGGAUGAAGGAGAAGAAGAAACAUUGACUGACUUUCAUAAAG